AGUACUGCAGCAAAAGCAGCACCACCUUCUUCACUCCAUCACCACCCUCUAAAUGGCUCGAUUAUUAUGGACCUUUUGAAGCAGUGGUGGAUGGAGCUAAUGUAGGUCUUUUCAGCCAGAAGAAAUUCAUCACAGCCAAGGUCAAUGCUGUCGUUAAUGGCAUACGCCAGAAGCUUCCUUCGAAGAGAUGGCCACUCAUUGUUCUUCAUAAUAGGCGUAUCACUGGAGGCAGAAUGGAUGAACGGGUGAAUAAGGCGUUGAUUGAGAAGUGGCAAAAUGCUGAUGCUCUCUAUGCAACGCCUACUGGGUCAAAUGAUGAUUGGUACUGGUUGUAUGCUGCAAUUAAGUUCAAGUGCUUACUUGUGACAAAUGAUGAGAUGAGAGACCAUACAUUUCAACUUCUUGGGAAUGAUUUCUUUCCAAGAUGGAAAGAAAGGCAUCAAGUGCACUUCAGUUUCUCUGAAGGUGGUCCAGUGUUUCAUAUGCCUCCUCCUUGUUCUGUUGUAAUUCAGGAAUCAGAGGAAGGGCACUGGCACAUUCCAGUGGUGUCAGAACAUGGUUAUGAAGCUGAAAGAAUGUGGUUAUGCAUUAUGCGAGCUAAAUCACGUGAGGCAAGGAAGGAUUCUGCAACCAGACCUGAAGAUGCAGAACCUCAAAACAAGGGAUUUGCUAGGUCAGCUACCAGAACUGGCAUUGAGUCACAACCGUUGAAAAUUGCGAACCACAAAUAUACUAAACACCGACCCCAGGAAAUUCUAAAGAAUCUCAAAGAUAUUCUAUCAGGUUCCACAAUCUCGAAUCAUCGUUCCAUAAUACCAGAAAUUGAGACUGCAGAGAAGAUUGGUGGAUGUACCAUUGACUUUCAAAUAUGAAGUUAAUGGCUAUCUUGUUCAGAACUUUCACCGAGGCACAUAGGUCACAAACUCCCAAUCAAUGUUUUUUCUAUAGCUGGGAGCUGAGUUUCUAGUUGGAGAAGUAUGUAGAUUUCCAUUGAAGAAAGCACUUUUUGCUAUCAGAUUUUUGCAGCUUAGAGCUAGAUUUUGUUCUUCUCCUUUUGCACGCGUAUGAGUGCAAAAUUGAAUUAUUGGAAGAAUAAUAGGAAUAUGAUGGUCCUCGUAUGGACCAUUAUCUGUAUACUCUUUCUGUAGCAUUUGACUUCAUAUUCAUAGUGCUUUGUAUAUAAUUGCAAUUUUUUUUUU